AUGGCUCCUGCAGCCGAAGUCGAUUGGCACGGCUUUUACAAGGAGGUCAAAGCGCUGUCCGCGACAGAGCUGGACCAGUUAGAGGACUUUCUGGCGAAAUUGCUCGGGCACCAGGUGCUCUGGGAUCCUCUGGGCGAUUGCGAGGUCUCGCCGAUUGACACGGAAAUCAAGCGCCCGGCCAAACUUACGGCUCGUGGUGUUGGGUUUGGGUUCAGAGUUCGGGGUUCAGGGUUCGGGUUCGGAAUAGCCUCAAAGAAAAAUUUCCUUGAAGGCAGGCAAAAGCCGAUAGCCCUGCCAGAGUCUGAAGCCUUGAAGAGACGGUGA